ACCCGUUGUUGUGUUUCAGAGAUGAAUUCCUUGCUCUAUCUCUCCCAAAAAUGUUGGUUCCACUGUUGCAGGCGUUGAUAAGAGGACAAUCUGCUCACGGAGACAUCUCUCAAGUCAACAUCUGGGGCGGAGGUUAGCGGUCGCCCAAUCAAAAAAUGUGCAGGUGUAAGAGGUAAAUGGUCUGAGGGAUUGGUGGAAAGAGGUGUGAUUGGACGGGAGUUAACUGUUGCUUCAAUUUGCGUUAAUAAUGAAUAUAGCUCUUCAAAGUUUGUGAUUUUGUAAAAAAAAACGUCGAAUGAGCGUUUCCCAUCACUCUUUUCAUGUGGUGUUUUAUUGUUUUUAUACCGGCUUCCCAAAGACCGCCAAAAUAAGGGGAGUCAGUUGGAAUAAAUUUCCAUCGAAUGCCUUCUGAAGAAAGGGCAUAUGUUAAAUUUGGUUCUUUUAACUUGAGGAAAUUUUGGAUUUCAGAAUUGGUGUCUACGAGCAUUUUUCCAUUAUCAGUAUGCAUUUUAUGAGGUUUUCCUUUGAGUGAUAUAAAUCUGCGAAGUGCUAAUACAAAGGCGUCCUUGCUUAAGUCUGAAAUCAAGAGUGGUUGCGGUUGCACUCUUUUCAGAGGUAGAUCGCCCAUUAUGGGCAGUUUAUCUGCAUAAAUCGAUUAAAGGAAAAACAAGAGAAGAACUUCAAAAAUUCUCGCAAUGUGGGGAUAUUGAAUGUGCAGCAGUGGAAUUUCAUGGAAAGAACACAAGUGUGAUAGUUCUCACAAUAUAUAGGCCACCUAAUGGGGAUCUGAAGACUUUCUUCUUUAAAUUAGAAAAUAUUCUGGACAAAAUUCAUCAAGAAAAUAAACUUAUCAUUAUUGCGGGUGAUUUCAAUAUAGAACUGUGCAAAUGAACAAAGAUAGAUCGGAAUUUAUGAACCUUAUGGAAUCAUUCAACCUCAAUCCAACUGUUAAUGAACCUACUAGAAUUACAAAUACAUCAAGCUCUUCAAUAGAUAACAUCUCCACAAACAUUAUAAAAUGGGAAAGUCUUGUCUUCGAUUUACAUUUAUCUGAUCACCAAGCACAAAAAUUAACCUUUCACCUGGACAGCAAUAAAAAUAAUAAUAUCUCUCAUCGAAGAUUUUUUGGACAAAAAGAGAAGGAAGAAUUUCUGAAAAAAUUAUUCAAUCAGGAUUGGAAUCCUGUGAAAGAGAUUGCUGAAAACAAUGUAAACCAGCAGUGGGAUACUUUCGUGUCUAUGUUUGGAAAUAUAUUCAAUGAAAAUUUCCCUAAAAAACCAUACAUUGAAAAAAACAUGAAAACAUCUACAGAACACCCAAGAUAGAUGCUAUAAAAACUAGACUGGAUAUUCUCUCCAUGUUGAAUAAGCAAGGCCAUUUAUUCACAGAGGAAUACAGGAAGACAAAAAGGGAAUAUGAUGAUGCAUUAGCUGAAGAAAAAAAAAAGGAUUUAUGAAAAUAGAGUAAACAAGUCGGACAACAAAAGUAAAACUAUGUGGCAAAUAUGUAAGGAAAUCACAGGUUGCAUUAGAGAAGUGAAGGAUUGUCAAGUAGAAGGAACACCGGAGGAGGUUAGUGAUAAAUUUAAUGAGCAUUUCAACAACAUAGCUUCGAAAAAUCUUCGAGCUCUCGAGCAACUAAACCAGCCCACAUGUCAUUGGAGCACAUUAAUAGUUUUUCUCAUUCAAACCAAACUAGACUCAGUAACGGUACGCGAGUGGGAAAAAUUUAGGGCUGACAAGGAUGUUCCAACUUGGGACGAUCUGAAAAAAUUCCUAAAGUCUAGAGCGGAUUUUCUUGAAACGAUAGAAACGAAUCAUACGCAAAAGCAUAUUGAGAAAAAAUAUCAAAAGCACAACACAACAAAAGGUUUUUAUACCAGUGGUGCAGAAAGCAAACCCAAAUGUGUUUUUUGUGCAAAUAAUCACUACAGCCAAACAUGCGAAAACUUCUUGAAACUGUCUGUGAACAAAAGAAAAGAGCGGAUUAAAGAAUUGAAAUUAUGUAUGAAUUGUCUACGUCCAGGUCACUUCAGCGAACAAUGCAGAUCUUCAAAUUGCAAGAAAUGCAAUGGCAGACAUCAUACACAAAUUCAUUCUGAUAUAGUUAACGAAAAAACGCCCGAUGUCAACACCAAUAAUUCGUCGUCCACAAAUUCAAACAAGGCGCUAUCAUAUGCGUUGUCAGCGAACAAGUCAAACUCAUGCGUACUCCUCUACACAGCAAUUGCUCAUGUCGUGGAUAAUGAAUCAAAUCGGCAAAAUAUCCGAAUUCUAUUAGAUUCCGGUUCGGAAUCAAGCUUCAUCAGAGCAGACGUCUGCAAACGUCUAAAACUAAGGACCACUCCGGUAAAUGUUGAAGUUUGCGGUCUCAAUCGUGCGGUUUCCUAUAUAAAAUCUAAAUGCUCUGUCGAUAUUCACGCUCGAAUUAAUUCAUUCUCCACGAAUAUUCAUUGUUACAUUCUUCCUGAAAUCACAGGAAAAAUUCCAGACUGAAAAAUAUACGAUCAUCCUCAUUUGAACAUACCAGACGAUAUCAAUCUUGCAGAUCCAAAUUUCCACGAACCAAACACGAUUGACAUGCUAAUAGGUGCAGAUUAUUUCUAUUCGAUGUUAAAUGUUGGUCAAAUCUCGUUAGGUUCAAACCAACCAAUUUUACAGAAAACCAGUCUCGGUUGGGUCAUUUCAGGACCCAUAAGUAAAUUCAAGUCCAACCGGAUCAUAUGCAAUUUCUCGCAAAACACCGACAUUCAGAAACAAUUAGCUCGAUUUUGGGAAAUCGAAGAAAUUUCAUUGAAAAAACCACUCUCAGAGGAGGAAAAGCUAUGUGAAGAGCACUUUUAUCAAAAUACCCAACGUUUAACGGAUGGUAGAUUCAUCGUAAAGAUUCCAUUGAAAAUAUCCCCAGAUCACUUAGGAGAGUCGCGUGAGCAAGCAAAAAAGCGAUUUCUCUCUUUAGAGCGAAAAUUAAACCUCAAUGCAAAAAUGAGAAGAUUGUACACUGAGUUCAUGAACGAGUACGUAACUUUAGGUCACAUGAACAAAGUGACCAAUGAGAACCCGGAAAAGGUUUCCUUUUACAUGCCUCAUCACGGAGUAUUGCGCGAAAAUAGCAUAACGACAAAACUCCGUGUCGUAUUCGAUGCGUCCGCGGCGACUUCAACGCAACAUUCUUUGAAUGAUCUGCAAUUAGUAGGUCCGACAAUUCAAAGAGAUCUACUGUCAC